AACAGGAGAGAAGAGACAUGAAGGGAAGUUAAACAGUACCAGAAAGAAGCGAAGCGAAGUUAAAACCCCCCCUGAAACGUCGAGGAUGCUUGUUCUGUCUGAUGGUGGAAGCGGAUCGCUUUAUGUGUGACAGUCUGGUGUGUGUGUGGACCUUCACGUGGCACUCAUUCUGACUGUGAGCACAUGUAAAUUAAUGUGUGCGGCGAAUCAUUUCGGAGUGGAUUACACGCCGCCUUGAUUUACGCGCAUGCGCUUUGAAGCUCGCCCCUCGUCAUGGCUGACAGGAGCUGGCCUGGCUGUGCGAAGAGUUUGCGAGGUGUCAUGCUGGACAUGUGUGGUGUUUUAUAUGACAGCGGGGAAGGCGACGGGACGGCCAUUCCUGGUUCCAUUGAAGCUGUGAAACUGCUAAAGGCAUCCGACCUGCAGGUGCGCUUCUGCACCAAUGAGAGCCAGGCCUCCAGAGAGACGUUUGUAGCCAAGCUCCGAAGGCUGGGCUUUAACAUAUCUGUGUCUGAGGUCUUCUCUCCUGCACCUGCAGCCGUGGCUGUCCUGAAAGACAGAGGUCUACGGCCUCAUCUGCUGGUGUGCGAUGGACUUCUCCCCGAGUUUGACAGUGUUGACAAAACCAAUCCAAACUGCGUUGUGAUUGGAGAUGCCGCUGAAAAGUUUUCCUAUCAGAACCUGAAUGAGGCGUUCAGGGUCCUUCUAGGCCUGGAGAAACCAGUGCUAAUGUCUCUGGGUCAAGGGAGGUACUACAUGGAGACGGAUGGUUUAAAACUUGAUGUUGGGGUUUACAUGAAGGCUUUAGAGUAUGCCUGUGAUUUAAAGGCUGAAGUCAUCGGAAAGCCAUCCCCAGUCUUCUUCCAGGGUGUUCUCAGUGACAUGGAGCUUCAACCACAUGAGGUGCUGAUGAUUGGGGACGACCUGGUGAAUGAUGUAGGUGGGGCCCAACACUGUGGAAUGAAAGGUGUUCAAGUCAGGACUGGAAAAUACAGGCCCAGUGAUGAGAGGCACCCGACUGUGACGGCCGACGGCACCGUGGACAACUUGGCCCAGGCUGUGGACCUGAUCCUCAAUCAGAGGCACUGAGUGCAAGGUGGCAGAAAAUGGAAACGCUCCACUUAAAGUAACUCUGGGUGAUACAGGCCGGUUGGUUUUUUUAAUAUGGCUGAGUGCUGUUUCCAGUCGGGUCUUAAUUCGUUAAUUCAAGUAAUCUGUCAAAGCAGUAUAAAACUAAAACACCAUCCAAGUAUCCCGUAACACCUGCCCAUCUGGUGCUCCACACAAACUAGAGUGAAAUGACUUAGCAGUACUCACGUCUACAAAAGUUCUCUCAAAGGUCUCGAGACAUGAAUGUGCCUGUAACCUGCUGCAGACUGAAGAGCAAGGUUGUGUGUUCAGACUCAAUAGUUGUGUUGCACAGUCUAUAUUCUUAACAGAGACACAUUUAAAAAGUGCAUUCUAAUGUACACUCUUUAAUGUAAAUAGCCUAUUUGAUGUUGGUAUUACUUUAUUUGGUCUCUUUCUUAACAUAAAACAUGCACAACUUUAGUAAAUAAAGUACUGGGGAGAAGGGAAUUGAAUUGAAUUGAAAGGGAGGCAGCUGUGGUCUCCCUGAAUCUGCCAAAUCGUCUGAGCCAUUGUCACAGAACUUUUUUUUGUUGUUGUUUUUAAGGGGUCAAGGUCUCAAAGCGCUGGGGAAAGCGUAGCCUUGGCUCUUGUUGAAACUGGAUUUCAUAUCGGAGCAGCUUUUGUUUUAGAAAAACAAAACAAAUUGCUGGAAAUGGGAAGUGAGCUGGCCUCUGAGAUGAUAAAUGCAGAACCUAGCCGAAUGUGAUGAAUUAGGCCGUUGCUCUGCUUAGGCCGUUGCCCCCCUACUGUAAACAUAAAUGAAUCAAGCUCUCUCAUCACAUUGUAGAAUCAUAAAUCUAUAACUGCUUAUCUUUAUUGACUUGACUGUAGGCCACCUCUGCUGGGGAUUGGCCUGUCAUUGUUACAUUGUUAAUUACCACUCAUUAGUCACAAUGCAUUCAUCUCAGUAUCUACAGUGGGGUUAAAUAAAAUGAUGAGGAGAAAAAGAAAAUCAGAGCUUUUGUGUGCCAGCUGGAUCGUUGAGGCCUCUGGAAGUGGGGCGUAAAACAAACGAUUCUCCGUCGUUGCCCCCAAGGUUUCAGUGUACCAGAUAGAUUCAACAAGAACAAAAGCCGAUUGCCAAAUGAUUCAUUGAGGUCUUUUUGGUUCACUUCACCAUUAGCUGACACAAACUUGAAUGUUAUUGGGCAAUUAAAGGUAAUGAAAUGCUACGAAGUAUUAUGAAACUGUGUCUGAGCUGGUCCUACCACUCCGAUUUCUGAUUGGGAAAUAAAUAUUAAUGUAUGCAACAAAGUACUAGCAGCUGUUCCUCAGUUUCCCAACAGCUUACACAUUGUUCGGUUCAGUGUGUCGUCCGUUAUGUUGCUGCCUGUUGGCCUUGUAUGGAGCUAUUAAACAUAUAUUUGACUACUCUCAAA